AGGUUAAUUGAUCAUAAUUAGGCCAUUAAUUAGAAGAAGAAAAAAAAGGUACUGUAGUAUAAAUGAUUUCAGAUUAAAGUACUAAAUAAACAGACGCAUGGCAUGCAAUUACGUAUAUAUCAGCUACGAUUAAGUAUUUCCUAUAUAUAAGCACAGAGAUUUCAGCUUCCACCCUCAACAGUAUAAGGUAAAAUGGGGAGGAAAGAAGAGAUUAAUGGAGUGGCGAGAAUAGAGGGAGGAGUGGUGGUGGUUGACCCAAAGCCCCAAACUGGACUAACUGCUAAAGCCAUAGAUUUGGUAGAACGGGUGAUGGUGAAGCUGAUGCACGACUCCAGCAAGCCACUUCCCUUUCUUCAAGGAAAUUACGCGCCCACUGAUGAAACUCCUCCUCUUACCAACCUCCCCGUUAAAGGCCAUCUUCCGGAGUGCCUAAAUGGUGAGUUUGUCAGGGUUGGUCCAAAUCCAAAAUUUGCUCCAGUUGCUGGAUAUCAUUGGUUUGACGGUGACGGCAUGAUUCAUGGCUUGCAAAUUAAGGAUGGAAAAGCAACAUAUGUCUCACGUUUUGUGAGGACAUCUCGUCUAAAGCAAGAAGAGUUCUUUGGAGGAGCUAAGUUUAUGAAGAUUGGAGAUCUUAAAGGGCUGUUCGGGUUGUUCUCAGUAUACAUUUACAUGCUCAGGGAAAAGCUGAAAGUUUUGGACACUUCUUAUGGAAAUGGCACAGCUAAUACAGCUAUGAUAUAUCACCACGGGAAGCUUUUGGCUCUUCAUGAGGGUGAUAAACCAUAUGUUGUUAAAGUUCUGGAGGAUGGAGACCUUCAAACGCUUGGCAUGCUGGAUUAUGAUAAAAGGUUGCAACAUUCCUUUACUGCUCACCCGAAGGUUGACCCUGUAACUGGGGAAAUGUUUACUUUUGGAUACUCGCAGACACCACCUUACGCUACAUAUAGAGUCAUAUCCAAGGACGGUGUCAUGCAAGAUCCUGUUCCAAUAACUAUACCAGCAUCUGUUAUGAUGCAUGAUUUUGCUAUUACUGAAAAUUAUUCAAUUAUGAUGGAUCUUCCGUUGUACUUCAAACCAAAGGAAAUGGUGAAAAAUAAAAAGCUGGCAUACAGCUUUGACCCCACAAAGAAGGCUUGCUUUGGAAUUCUUCCACGCUAUGCAAAGAAUGAAUCCCUAAUCAAGUGGUUCGAGCUUCCUAACUGCUUCAUAUUCCACAAUGCCAAUGCUUGGGAGGAAGGAGAUGAUGUGGUCUUGAUCACUUGCCGUCUCCAGAAUCCAGAUUUAGAUGCGAUUAAUGGAACUGAAAAAGAACAACAGCGUGAUGGUUUCACAAAUGAGCUGUAUGAGAUGAGAUUCAAUAUGAAGACUGGUCUAGCAUCACAGAAGAAACUGUCAGAGUCUGCUGUUGAUUUUCCACGGGUCAACGAGAACUACACUGGAAGGAAGCAACGCUAUGUAUAUGGAACCAUUUUAAACCACAUGGCCAAGAUCACAGGAGUUGUCAAAUUUGAUUUGCAUGGGGAACCAGAGACUGGAAAAACAAAGCUCGAAGUCGGCGGUAACGUUCUUGGAAUCUUCGACCUUGGACCUGGAAGAUUUGGCUCAGAGGCAAUAUUUGUUCCCCGUCAGCCUGGGACAGAAUGUGAGGAGGAUGAUGGCUACUUGAUAUUGUUCGUACAUGAUGAGAACACUGGAAAGUCAUCAGUGAAUGUAAUUGAUGCUAAAACAAUGUCAGCCGAACCUGUGGCAGUUGUUGAAUUACCCAAAAGAGUUCCAUAUGGAUUCCAUGCCUUCUUUGUCACAGAGGAACAAAUACAAGAGCAAGCCAAACUGUGAGAAAUACUUGUGAAGAGUGGAUCGAGCAAGCCAGUCUUCCAGCAACAUGCAACCCUAUUCUCAGUUGUCCUCAUCAAUUCUGUGAUUUAUGUAACUAUAUUCAUACUACCUGUUAUAAGCAUGUGGCUACUGGUGACUAGAACAUAAUAAAUGUAUGUCAAGUUUCUGGAG